GUUUACAUUGUUUCAGCCUUCUUUCGGUGUAUUGUGUUUUUCCGUGUAAAAUUAACCCCAAACCUGGAGGAUAGACUGAAACGGUACAAACUACUACGCCUACUGCACAGUGAUGUCCAAGUCCAAGCAGAACAGAAACACCAUCUCGAAAGCGGAGCAGCGCGCCGAAUAUCGUACGUUCAAGACCGUAUUCCUGUACUGCAUCUUGAUUAUAGCGCUUCCCGUGCUGACCUUUUUCACGUCAAAACAUUGGAUUUUUGAUCAGCUACUCCAGCUAUCCAGUGUAUCGAGCAACAUCUAUUCAGCGGUGAGCGCUGUGGUUGCGCUGCACGGUGCAUUGUUUCUUUUCAUAUACAAGGCGUACUUUGCGGUCAGCAACGAGUCUGUCGACGGUCGCGGGGACAAAGUUGCCCAGAAAGAAGAUUAAAUAGUUCGUAUAUGGUGCGCCGAAUACUGUAGCCAUUCCAAAGA